UGAGGCUUGGAGGUAAAGUCAUCACCUCAGAACCACUCAGCUAGUAACUGGAUUUGGGAUUCAUAUUCAGGAGCUCUUGUCACAUCCUGCCCAGAUUGUUGCUGCUGGUGUCAGUGCUAUGGGAAGCUGGUGCCUGAUCCUCUGUGCAGGUGUCAGUGUCCUGCUGGCUCUGUCAGGUAUGGAAGGGAAGAAUUCUGGAGCUGUCUGUCCUCCAUGCACAAAAAAUGCUGACUGUCAUAACAGUACCCACUGUGUAUGUAAAGAUGGAUUCCAGUCCAAGUCUGGGAGGAAAUACUUCUUUGAACCCUAUGAGAAAUGUGAAGAUAUUGAUGAGUGUGAGACUGGGCUGGCAAAUUGCAAGCCUGAAGCAUACUGUAAAAAUACAGAUGGAAGUUUCCACUGCAGCUGUCUUAUAAAAUAUCCUGUAUUCAACUUAUUGGCUACUAUCAUUGACUUUAAUGAUCAAGAGUGUUAUGAGAACACCAGUGUGAAGCUACCAUCAUCUUCAUCAGUGAACAUUUGGCAAAAUCUGAGGAACAAUGGAACCAAAAAGGACAUUGCAAGAAAGGCUUCCCAACUACUUCAGCAGGUGGAAUUGAUCAUAUGGAAUGAAAGUUUUGCUUCUCCAGGAAAGCAUGAAAAUUCUGACCUUGGCAUAGUCUAUGAAACCAAGAGGUGCAAUGAGAAAAGCAAGAAAACCAUUCUGGAAGCUGGAAAUAACACAAUGAAUAUCAACUGCCCCCACACUAUCAACAGAACGACAAGAGACCAGAGUGCUGUUGCAUUUAUCACUUAUCUAUCUCUUGGGGAUAUUCUCAAUGGAUCCUUUUUCAGUGAUGGAAGAGGGACACAGGGAGUGAAACUGAACUCCUAUAUUGUGGGUGGUACCAUCGGUUUGGAGAAAAAUGUUAACCUGUCUGAACCUGUGUCCCUGACCUUCCAACAUAUUGAGCCUGGUGGUGCGAGAACAAGACAUUUCUGUGUGUACUGGGAAGGAUCGAAGGAAGGGGGCAGCUGGUCAACCAAAGGCUGUUACCAUAAGGAAAGCAGUGAUUCUUACACCACAUGCGAGUGCUUCCACCUGUCCAGCUUUGCUGUCCUCGUGGCUCUUGCACCCAAGGCAGAUCCCGUGCUGACCGUGAUCACCUAUGCAGGGCUGAGCCUCUCCCUGCUGUGCCUCCUCCUGGCAGCCCUCACCUUCCUCCUGUGCCGAUCCAUCCAGAACACCAGCACCUCGCUCCACCUGCAGCUCUCGCUCUGCCUUUUCUUUGCGCACCUUCUCUUCCUCACAGGCAUUGACCAAACUGAGCCCAAGGUGCUGUGCUCCAUCAUUGCAGGAGUGUUGCAUUAUCUCUACUUGGCCUCCUUCACCUGGAUGCUUCUUGAAGGUCUACACCUCUUCCUCACUGUCAGGAACCUCCAGGUGGCCAACUACACUAGUGCAAGCAGAUUCAAGAAGAGAUUCAUGUUCCCUGUUGGCUAUGGGAUCCCAGCUGUGAUUGUGGCCGUGUCUGCAAUCAUAGGAUACAAAAAUUAUGGAACGUAUACGCAUUGCUGGCUCAAGCUUGAUCAAGGGUUUAUAUGGAGCUUCAUGGGACCAGUGGCAGUUAUUAUCUUGAUAAACUUGGUGUUCUACAUCAGAAUUCUGUGGAUUUUGAAAAGCAAACUUUCCUCUCUGAAUAAAGAAGUUUCCACCAUACGGGACACCAGAGUCAUGACCUUUAAAGCCAUUGCUCAACUAUUUGUCCUGGGCUGUUCUUGGGGUCUUGGCUUUUUCAUGGUUGAAGAAGUUGGGAAGACGGUUGGAUUAGUCAUUGCCUACAUGUUUACCAUCAUCAAUGUCCUGCAGGGGGUUUUGCUCUUUGUGGUAUACUGUCUUCUUAAUCACCAGGUGCUAAUGGAAUACAAGAAAUGGUUUAAUGGAAUGUGGAAAGGGGUAGAGACCGAAAGCACUGAGCUGUCUCACGCUACUACCUACACCAGAACGGAGGAACUGGUGAAGUCAUCAGAAUUAUGUCAUAAAAGAGACAAGGUGUCUGCCCAAUCACAGCGAACUGAAUUUGCCACUAUUUCUUGGGUGAAGAUGGAGAAUUGAUCUGCACAUCUACGGCGCCUUCCUGUGGUGAUGUGUGGACUAGACAAAUGCUACCAUCUGCAUCUCUUCCUUGGUUUCCUAUUUUGAUCUAUCUACAUAGAAAGAAUGGGACACAUAGGGAGAAUUUUACGUCUAUUAUCUAGUAGUGCUGCAUCAUGUUAGAUUAAGUGCUCUAGGGAUGCUUUUUAAUGAGGAAGGAAAUCUUGAUUCAGGUCUCUGUGCCCUUUUUGGGUUUCCCCUACUCCUCUUUCCCAUGCUAACUCACCUGACAUAUAUGGUGUUGGGUUUUAUGCCCCUGGGAUCUUGCAUGACUGAAUAUUUGCAUAAUUCAAUAAUUCCCAUAUGAAUAAAUGUAAAAUGGGAGUUGCAUUCUUGGAGUAUCAAAAUAUGCAAUUAGGUAUACAUCAUUACUGGGAAGGAUCUUGCUGCCAGGUGGGUGAUGCUUUUCCCAUUUUCUUUGCCUGAUGACUUUUUCAAAAUAGGACUGAAAAUAAUUUCAUUUCCCUGGUGUCGUCUUGAACCCUUCCAGCAUAAAUGCUAUCAAACAGUGUGGAACGUCACAAACAUUGCUUGGCCAUACUAGUUUUGUUUUAUCAUUUCUAAUUUCUUUUCCAAACAUUAAUUUUUAUAUUUUUUUCUGAGCACUAAAAUUAUUAAAUGCAUGGAUGACUUGGUUAUUGAAUAUAUUUUUAAAGAUUUAUAAUUGUAAUAAAUGUUAAAUGUUAUAAUAAAUGUUAAAAUAGUAGCUAAGAGACACCAUAUUCCUUUGAAGACAUUUCAUGGGUAGUUCUUGGGUUGUUGAUGAAUGAUUGUGGCUUUUUUUCCUUAACUGGCUUAAAUGUCUUCUCUUUGGUAUAGCAAUAUAACUAGAGUGUAUGAUCCCCUCCACCUGCUAACUUUGAAAUGAUAUGAUUCCUUUAGAAAAGUUAAAAUUUAGAGAGAAUCCCAUUGUUUCAAAAUGUGCGCAUGCAUUGGGACUUUUUAUAUUACACGAUUUCAAAUAUAUAUGACUAAAAUUUUCAUAAAAUGCAACUUCCCUGAGCAGCUGAAAAACCCUUAUGCUUAUGUCUGACUAGUAUCUUGGUUUUUCUCUGUUUAUUGAUUACUUCAUGAAAAAGCCAGAUAAUUUAGGUGCUUCAGGUUUGGGACUGAGCUUACCUAUUCAACAAUUUUCCGUCCUUUACAACAUGAAGUCUACAUUCUUUUUUUUCUGCCUCUUCAAACCCUUUGCAUUCUUCAAGACUGAUCUAGCUUCUGCCUCCUUCAGAAAAACUUUUUUUUAAAAUUCCAGCCCUCAUUGAAAUCCAACUCCUUUACUCAAUUUCUAAAAUCCUUAAUUUAAUUUAAAUGUGGAUGAAAUGACUAACCCUACAUUUUGUGUGCUAUUUCACAAAUGCUUUUUGCUUUGGGACCAAGUGUCCUGCAAUGUAAGAAUAGCAAGAAAAUCCAAUGGAAAAAAAGUAGUAAAGGUAUGAAUAAAACUUUAUGGACUAACUACUGUAUUACUGGUGGU